AUGUGGGCAGUAAUAGCCAUCAUUAUUUAUUGGUCCUUGAGUAUCUCAACAGUCUCAGCCUGCACAGACUGUAUCAUCGUUAACAGCAAAACUGGACACGAUAAUUCUUCAUGCCUGGAGGAAACAUCAACGUUUUACUGCAGGACACUUGGAUAUGUUCUCACUAAUGCUGCCUCUCUCAAUAACACUGAAAUAAUCUUGUUUGGAGACCACUCCAUCACCCAGACUCUGACAGUGUUUCGAGUAGAAGGUCUCACGAUACGAGGAGGUGGAAAAGUGUCUUCCAUUAUUACAUGCGCCCAUUCAUCCCAUGAGAAUAACCAGGGAUGUGGGCUGCUAAUCCACUUUGCCAAAAGGGUAAGAGUAAUCAGUGUCAUUUUUGAAAGCUGCGGAACGCUUCAGUUCAGCACGACAGUAAGAAACUAUAGAAAUGUUAAGUAUCGUUCUGCUGUCUACAUCAUCAACAGCACGGAUAUUCAGUUCAUUGAAACAGGUUUCCACAAGAGUAUUGGCAGAGGAAUAUCCAUGCAUGAUGUGGAUGGUAAUGUUGAAAUACGUGACAGUUCAUUUAAGGAAAACAUGGUCCUGCCAAAUGAUACUUUGGUGUUUGGUGGAGGAAGCAUUUAUAUUGAAUUCACUUACUGUUCGCCAGGCUACUCAAGAUGUGAUCCUGAUUCUAACACUCACAAUAAGAACAGCAGGUACUUGAUCGAGGGAUGUGUGUUUGAAGGCAAUAGAGCCUCAAAUAAAGAAGUCACACAACAGACGCACAUUGUCCAGUUCCGCAUCUUGCCAGGUAGCGAUGGCAAUAAUGCAGGCCAAGGAGGCGGGCUUCAUGUCAUUAUCAAGGGUUCAAGUUUCAAUAACACGGUGAUAGUUCAGAACUGUACCUUUCACAACAAUUCAGCUCUCUGGGGAGGAGGAAUUGAUGCAAUAUUUCUGGACAGGGCUAGCAACAACACUUUCCAAGUUAACCAAUGUAUUUUCAGUAAUAAUCGUGCCCCAGAUAGAGGUGGGGGUGCCCUGCAGUUAGGAUUUUUGGGAGCUGAAGGCAUAGCUCAGAACAGUAUUGUUGUGGAAAAUACGAAAUUUGUCGAGAAUUCUGCAGGGUGGGGAGCUGCUAUCGCAUUCUUCUCUAGUCGAUCAAAAAGCAAUUUAAACACCAGAUUAACUGUCACUAACUGUGUUUUUGAGAAUAAUUCGGCACCCAUAGGGGCGGCUGUACAUCUGAAACCGGAGGCACGACAGUCCAUAUACGAGGGUCGCACACCAGUUGCAAAGUUUUCUAACUGUAAUUUCACUAAGAAUAAGGUCCUCUACACAGGAUCCUUUCUGAACAUCGCUAAUGAUGAAAUAUCUCAACAUGUUCUGGAGUCUGGAACAGUAGACAUUGAAUCACUCGAAAUUGAUUUUUCAAACUACGUUUCGUUCACUGAUAACCAAGGUAGUGCCAUUGUGGCCAAUUCCGCUCAGGUGAACGUGUUGGAGAACACUAGAUUAUAUUUUGUGAAUAACACUGCCACAAAUGGUGGAGCAAUGGCUCUACUUGGUUUCUCGGUCCUGGAGCUCCACCCUGGGUCUCAGGUGCUGUUUGAAUCAAAUCAUGCCAGUGAACUAGGUGGAGCUGUGUAUGCCACUUCACCUCAUCAAACUGAGUUCAUAUUCUCCCACAAGUGCUUUAUCUCAUUCAGAGGCGAAAAUUUCAACGACCCUGACAAGUGGAACACGACACUGACAUUUGUCAAUAAUUCUGCAAGGUACGGCUAUGUGAUCUUCACCGACUCAGUCCUUCCGUGUGUGAAACAGAUUGGAGCAAUAUAUACCAACAUAUCAGCAGCGUUCCAAUGGAACUCAUUCCAAAUUACUCCGAGUAUUGGAGAAUACACAAUAGCCACCAGUCCAGCUGCCAUUAACUUUACUCUCCCACAGGAAAUAUCCCCAGGAGAAAUGAUCAGUGUCCAUCCAACAUCAGUGGAUGAUCUUAACCAAUCCAUUCCUAUUGCAUUCAAAGUCAUCCUUGGCAGCUUUGGAGAUACAGUUGAAACUAAUCCCUUUAUUGCUGAUGAUGGGCAUUUGAAAAUCAAUGGAAAACCUGGAACGCAAUUUACCCUUACUCUUCUAACACAAAACACUCGACACGUUUCUUCCACUCAGAGUGGAAGAUUGGGGGACUGCCCUCUUGGCUUCGGACUGGUUAACAAUUCAGUGUGUGUCUGUUCUGCUAGUUUACCUCACAGAGAGUAUGUUGGGGUGAUAGGCUGUGACUUCGUCAACUUCCGCGCAUUGCUUCAGGUUGGCUACUGGAUAGGAUGCAGUGAAACCAAGCGUGUCGUGACUGGUGUAUGUCCUUUGAACUUGUGCAGCUACAAAACCCGUUCAGUGCUGCCCAUUUCAAGGACUUGUGACGGUCUGAAUGAGGAAACAAAAAUCUGUGUUGAAAAUAGAAGAGGACAGCUUUGUGGAGAAUGUGAAAACGGAUACUCUGUUUACGCACAUUCUGAUAAACUACACUGUGGAAAGUGCCCACACGGAGCAGUGGGGAUUCUUGCAUUCCUAGCUAGUGAAAUUGUUCCACUCUUCUUACUCUUUGUUGGCAUAAUGGCAAUGAAGAUAAAGAUCACAUCAGGAUUUGCACAGAGCUUCUUACUGUUUGCGCAGUCAUUUUUCCUAAUCAACCACGCCCCUUCAUUACGACCACUCUCGGAUACCAGUUCGAUACUGCUUAGAAUCCACACAUUUAUUAUUGGAUUCUUUAACUUGUCAUUUUUUUAUCUGGAUGAAAUGUCCUUCUGUCUCUGGAGAGGAGCAACUGCACUGGAUGUCGUUGCAUUUCGCUAUGUGUCAACUUUUUCAACCGUUCUUUUUCUUGCUAUCUUUAUUCUCGUAGUUAAGAAAACGAAAACUCACAAACUUGAAUCCUCCUGCUUUCUGCUUGCUAGAUUUCAAGGAAUGAUAAAAAAGAUGAAGCUUUUUAAAAACUCCGUUGUUCACGGAAUUUCUACAUUUCUCAUUCUCUCCUACUACCAUUACACGACCACAUCAUUUCAAAUCUUGAAUCGGAGUUCAGUGAACGGCGAAGGUGGUGUGAAUGUUAGGUCUGUGGCCUUUAUCCAAGGUAGUGUUGACUAUUUUGGACCCCACCACCUCCCAUAUGCCAUUCCAGCUUUGCUAGUGUUGAUAUUCCUCUCUCUUCCUCCACCUCUUCUGCUCAUCUCUUACCCACUGCUCUGGAAGGUCAAAGCAAAACUGAGACGUAGUAAUGCGGAAAAUGAAAAUGACACAACUCUGUGGCCAAUUCGUAAACUUCUACCCCUCAUUGACUCAUUCCAGGGAGUGUUCAGAGACAACUGCCGUAUGUUUGCUGGUCUCCUAUUCCUGUGGAAAUUGGUUCUGAGUGCCAUCGUUGCAUUGUCGACGGAUUUGACAGAAUUAUUCCUUCUGAUCGAGAUUGCACUUCUCAGCAUUUUGACCAUCCAUGCUCUGGUGAGACCAUACAAACGAAGACUGUACAAUGUUGUUGAUGGAAUGAUGCUGGCCAACAUGGCACUCAUUAACUUGCUUAAAUGGUAUGUGUCAGUGCCAUCAACUAGUGACAUAAGCAGCCAAGUUGUUGAACUACUUGUCACAAUACAACUGUUCCUACUGUAUCUUCCUUUGAUUUGUGUGGGAGGAUACACCGUUUUUCGGCUUUUGAAAAGAUUUCGUGUCAUCCCCGAUGAGCUAAAGUUUUCCUUGGCUGAAGAAGGAGCAUCAAUUGCCGGUAAUAAUGGUGUGAAAAGAAAGGAGACAUUUAAGCGAAGAGAAACGUGUGAAGAUGAGGAUCUGUUUAGCCGUGCAGCAGAGCUCAAUACUCUACCCAGCAAGAAUGUGACAUGCAGUGAGGCUGGGAUUGAAACCAACAAUACCACCAUAUCAACCCUGGGCACUGACUGA